CAUUGCUAAGUUAGCAGGAUACAUUUUCUUCCGGGGCAGCUUAAUAUGUUGAAUUGUGGGAGACUGGGGCUUGUGUGAACGAGGCAAGAUGGACGCGGGUUUUUUCCGCGGUACGAGUGCAGAGCAAGACAAUCGGUUCAGUAAUAAACAGAAGAAGCUCUUAAAACAGCUGAAGUUUGCAGAAUGUUUGGAAAAGAAGGUGGAUAUGACCAAAGUAAAUCUAGAAGUGAUCAAGCCCUGGAUUACAAAGCGAGUGACACAGAUUCUGGGAUUUGAAGAUGAUGUUGUCAUAGAAUUCAUCUUCAACCAGCUAGAAGAAAAGAAUCCAGAUUCUAAAACGAUGCAAAUUAAUCUAACUGGAUUCCUGAAUGGAAAGAAUGCACGUGAGUUUAUGGGUGAAUUGUGGCCAUUGCUGUUAAGUGCACAGGAGAAUAUUGCAGGAAUUCCUUCUGCCUUCCUCGAACAGAAGAAAGAAGAAAUAAAACAACGACAGAUUGAGCAAGAAAAACUGGCAUAUAUAAAAAAACAAGAUGAAGACAAGGAUAGAAAGGAUAGAGAUGACAGAGACAAGAGGGAUACAUAAAUCAAGAUCAUCAUCUCCAAGAAGAAGAUCCCCCUCAAGAAAAGAGAGAAAACGCAGCCCAUCACGGACUCCUCCUCCCCGUCGUCGUUUCAAAAGUGAGAGUGAAUCUACUCCACCUCCCCCACUUCCUCCACCUCCCCCACCACAGUAUUUUCUUUCUACUGUACAGUCAGAGCAGAUGUCACCUGAGCCAGAUCUUUCCCUGAAAGAGAAGAAAGAGUCUCCAAUCCAGGAAGCGUCAUCAACUAGUGAUAUUUUGAGAGAAUGCAUGCCUGAGAUUGAAGACCUUAAGGAAAUGUCUCCAGAAAGACCUGUUAAGAAAGAGAAAGAAAAGAAACACAGGCACAGAUCUCGCUCACGGUCUAGAUCUAGAUCUCGUUCCCAUUCCCAUUCACGAUCUAGGAGAAGGGCAAGGUCACGCUCAAGGUCGUAUUCACCUAGAAGGAGACAAAGUCCAAGGAGACGUCCAUCACCUCGGAGACGAAGUCCACCCAGACGUCUGCCACCACCACCACCACUUCCAAGGCAUAGGCGAAGUAGAUCUCCAGCAAGAAGGAGAAGGAGAUCCUCCGCAUCCAUAUCAGAAAGCAGUUCAUCGUCAUCUUCAUCACGGUCACCACCACCCCCUCCACCACCCAAGAAACCACCCAAAAGAUUUUCUGACAGCCCUCCACGUAAAUCUCGGCGGUCGCCUUCUGCAAGCCCACCCAGGAGAAGACAUCGAUCACCUCCUCCUCCUCUCAGUCCACCCCCCAAAGCACCACCCAAACGCAGAUUUACGGAAAAGCCUGUUACUCCUCCUCCACCUCCAAAACCUAGAAGGACAGAUUUGUCAGAUUCAGAGGAUGAAAAAGGUGGCAGAGGAUCCUUGGCAGAUUCUGUGCAACAGAGACGCCAGUACAGAAGACAAAACCAGCAGACCUCCUCUGAUUCUGGCUCUUCCUCUUCAUCGUCUGAGGAUGAGGGCCCUAAGCGAUCUGGUGUGAAAAAUGGUGAAGUUGGUAGACGACGGCAACAUUCUGUGUCUCGAAGCAUUUCACCAUCACCACGGAGACGUCACAGAGAUCCAUCUCCCAGGAUGCAGAUGGAAAAGAGGUGGCACUCGCCUGUGGCUAAAAGACGGAGAAGAAGUCCAACACCUCCACCACCCCCACUCCCACCUAGGAGGCGGCGUACUCCUUCACCACCACCUCAGAGAAGACGAAGAUCACCUUCACCAGCAAGACGAAGAUCACCAUCCCCUCCACCUCGCAGACAUUCUCCUUCUAUGAGGCGAUAUUCGCCACUUAUACAGAGAAGGUAUUCUCCAUCUCCACCUCCACCUCCUAAAAGGAGAGGAUCAAUGUCUCCAUACCAGAAACGAAGGCCAUCUCCAACUCCACCACCUAAACGGGAACGCAGGAUGUCACGUUCUCCACCUCCCAAGCAGCGAAACUCUCCACUACCAAAGAGACGUUCCCCAUCUUUAACUUCUAGGCACAGGAAAGCUUCUCCACCUAGUAGGUCAAACAGAGAACCUCGAUCCCCACCCCCAAACAGACAUCAUUCAAUAUCACCAAGACCUAGAACUAUGCAUAGUUCUGUGACUCCAUCUCCACGCAGAAUAUCCCCAACUCCACCACCACCUCCUCAGAGACGUCAACAGUCCCCCUCUCCUAGUACUAGACCUAUACGAAGAGUUUCACGGACUCCAGAACCAAAAAAGAUGAAGAUGCAAUCACCAAGUCCACCACCAGUAAGGAGAGUGUCAGUUUCUCGAUCACGGUCAAGGUCUCCAGAACCACCAUCAAGAAUGCAUCAGAUGGCUCAGUCUCGGUCACGAUCGCCAUCUCGGUCUCAAUCUCGCUCCUGCUCCAGAUCUCGAUCUCCUUCAGUUGUUUGGUCACCUGCACCACCUAUACAAAUGACAAAGAGUGCAUCACCAAGUCCAUCUCCAGUAAGGAAUUCUGACCAAGAAGUCGGUGGGAAAAAAAAGAAGAAGAAGAAAGAUAAGAAGCAUAAAAAGGAUAAAAAGCACAAGAAGCACAAAAAGCAUAAGAAGGAAAAAGCAGAAUCAAGUCAGGAUAUGGACUUUGAUCCAAAAAAGGGCUCCGAAAGUGAUGGUGACAACCUUGAUGAUUUAGAAAAGCACUUGCGAGAGAAGGCAUUGCGUUCAAUGAGAAAGGCUCAGUUGUCGCCACAGUCUUAAGAGACAUAAACUGUGUUUGGUUCACAAUAAGUACUGGAAUGUCACUGCAGCUUAGUGAAAAGAACUAGAGCUGUACAAACUCCAAAUGUAUUAUAGUGAUCUGGCUGAUAGAGUUGUUACAAUUCAGCACAUGCAGAUGUGAAGCAUCAGAGCUGUCUUUGACACAUUGUUACUAGUGGCAUCAUCUUCAUAGUGACUUGGCCAAAAGAUGCCUAAACGGAGUGGAUUGUUGUUAACCAUAGACAAUUUGCAUUUGCAGAUAAUUUUCUGCUAUUAUAACAAAACCCCUCUUUUAAAGUAUUUACCAACAAUGGAAUUUUUUGCAAGUUGUUUAAAGUACAUCAUGAAGGGUUUUUUUCCUUUUUUUAUUCACUCACAUAUUUGCAGAUUUGUCCAAAACUUGUUACUAAGUUAAUUGAUGUUAUUGAUUGGGGGUGUUUCUGUUUUGCCACUCUAAGCAACUGACAUUCUGCAGAUGGCCAGAAGUACUGGAAUAAAACCCACAAAGUUGAAGUGCAUUGGAAUUUGCCUCAUGUUCUGAUUCUGAAACUCAGUCGAAAUGUGUUACCCAGCAUACCACAAGUCUAAGCAGUGAAUCUGUGCCUUCGUGUGUUGCACUGAACACUUGAAGUUUUCUUUUUAGACAGUUUUGUGGAUUUGUUUAAAGUGGUAAAUCUGGUGAGGAUCUCUUACAUGGGCUCUUACAGAUGGAUUUGUUUAGCUUUUAAAACUGUUAUAAAAGAAGACAUUUCUUCCCAGGCUGCUCAUCUUUUUUUUAAUUAAGGGUCUUUCAGCAGUUAACAUUUGACUUAAAGUGAUGCUACUUUUUGGAGCAUACUGAACCCCUAAAGAGUUGGGACGAUGUUAUGUUUUGAAUUUUUUUUUAACUGAUUACAAGCUGUAGAAGGCUUGUGGACAACACGAUAAUUAAAUUUCUAAAUUUAAA